AUGUCUCCAACAAAAAAUGAAUCCACAGAGAAUGCAUUUCCACCACAAGAGAUUCAUUAUCUCAAAGAUGUCAGGAUUGGAUCAAAUAAACCUGAGCCUUUUUACCAAAAUUAUGCAAGAGAUGUGCCAAUUGCAAUAGAUUUGGGGACCUCGACAUGGCGAGUAGGUCUAACAAAUAGUACUGAACCCAAUAAUGUGUUUCCAGGUAUCAUAUCUCGACAUAGAGAUCGUAAAGCUUUGAAAACAUUAACAAUUAUUGGAAAUGAUGUCUAUACAGAUGCCGCACUAAAGUCAACAACAAAGACACCUUAUGAUGGACCUUUGAUAACUAACUGGGACUAUAUCGAAUACAUGUUGGAUUAUUCAUUUGAACAUUUGGGUGCUGAAAGUUCAGAUGGAAAACUUCAUAAUCCAAUAGUUAUGACUGAACCCAUCACAUGCACUAGUAGUCAGAGAAAAAAUAUGUAUGAGCUAUUGUUUGAUGCCUACCAAGUUCCCAAAGUGGCAUUUGGUUUAGACUCAUUGUUUUCGUUUUAUGCAAACACUAAUGGACAUUCGACUGGUUUGGUUAUUGGCACAGGUAAUGAACUGACCUCUGUGAUUCCCGUGAUUGAUGGAAAAGCUUUAAUGACACAAGCAAAGAGGAUAGAUUGGGGAGGCGACCAAUCGCAGCUGUAUUUGUCGAAAUUAUUGAGUUUGAAAUAUCCUUAUUAUCCAGGAAAAUUGAACCAAACACACACAACAAACCUAUUUAAGGAUUUUUGCUAUGUGCUGGAGAAUUAUGCAGAAGAGUUGAACCAUAUUUUGGAUAUGGACGUAUUGGAAACCAAGGAUAUAGUAGUCCAAGCUCCAGUCGAAGUGCCUGUAAAGACAGAGACCAAAAAAUCAGAGGAAGAAUUGGCAAAGCAAGCUGAAAAAAGAAAAGAGCAGGGUAAACGAUUGCAAAAACAAGCUCAACAGAAAAGAUUGGAAAAACUUGCUCAGAAAAAGGAGGAAUGGGAAUAUUAUACAAAAAUCCAAGAGGAUAAUGCACAUUUGACCGCUGAUGAAUUUGAGAAUGUCUUGCUUGAUGCUGGUUUUGAUGAUCUUGCAGAUUUCAAAAAAUACAUGGCUUCACUCGAUAGGACUUUGAAAAGAGCAGCUCAACAAGAUAAUGAAGGAAAUGAGGAUGAUGCAGAAGAUGCAGCACUUGAUCCUACAACUGCAUGGCCUCUUGCCGAUGUACCAGAUGAUCAGUUGACUGAAGAACAAAUUAAGGAGAAACGGAAACAGAAAUUGCUCAAGGCGAACUUUGAAGCAAGAGAACGUAAUCGCGAGUUGAAAAGACAAGAAGCCGAGGCAAAAUCACAGUUGGAAAAAGAACAACAGGAAUGGAGAGAGCGUGAUUUGGAUGAUUGGUGUACACACAAAAAGCUUCAUUUAGCUGAAUUGAUUAGCAAAUACAAAGAUACACAAAAGAUGUUAGCCUCAAUGAAGGAUAGGAAAUCUGCUGCUGCACAACAAAGGAUGAAAAAUAUUGCCGAUUUAGCAAAUGAUGAGGCCGACUCCACCUCAACAGCCUCGAGAAAGAGGCGCCGAAACGCAAAUGCUACUAUUGAUAAUGAUCCUAAUGAUACCUUUGGUGCAAAAGAUGAGGAUUGGAAUGCUUACAGAGAGAUUACGAACCAGAGCUUAGAAGAGGACAUGGAAAAAGUCAAUAAGAGCAUUUUGGAGGUUGAGGAGGAAUUGUUAAAGUAUGAUCCUACUUUCCAUCACGAGGAUACUUUUGCUGCCUCUAAUAGCUUUGAUUGGAAAAACCUGGUUUUACACAAAUUCAUCCAUGGACCAAGACCAAACAUCACUAUAGCAAUGCAAGCAGAGGGACUUUCACCGGAUGAGAUUGCCAACCACCCUGACAUAAUUAAGAAGAACCAUCAAAUACACCUCAACGUUGAAAGAAUAAGAGUACCCGAGAUCUUGUUUCAACCAAGUAUAGGGGGUCUUGAUCAAGCAGGUAUCUGCGAAAUAUCGAGUGACUUGUUGAGAAAAAGACUAGAUGGCAAUUUCUUGUCCGGAGGUCAAUCAUUUGCAAUGGCACAAAAUGUUUUUAUUACUGGUGGGUUAGCUCUUUUGCCUGGCUUUAAAAACAGAAUUGAAAGGGACUUUAAAAGCUUCUUGCCUCUGGGUACGAAACUAAAUGUUCGAAUUGCACAAGAUCCAUUGUUAGAUCCAUGGCAUGGUAUGUGCAAAUGGGCAAAUAGUGAGGAUUCGAAAAUCGCUUAUGUCUCAAAGGAAGAGUAUGAGGAACUUGGUCCAGAGUACAUAAAAGAACACGGUUUAGGAAACGCGUGUAUCUUCUGA